AUUUCACAAUAACGGGUGUUCAGAGCUCAGAGCGACCAGAGGAGCUCUGACCUUACCGGAGAAACAAGCUCUCCGCCGGUUAAAGAAAGACCUCCGAUGGGAACCUCCGGCUGCAGCUGAAGGUCUGAGGACUCGGUAGAAAUCCGGUUUGACGGCAGAAAUGAGGCUUUUUCUGCCGCUGCUGGUCGCUCUGUGCGUCCCGGAGCUCCACGGGAUCUUUGACGGAGUCUGUCCGAGAAAAGAUCCUCCCACCGGUGCGCUGGUUUUAUCUCCGGGCAGCGAGCUGUUUCUGACUUGUCGUGGUCAUGUGAGGGUGAACGGAGUAAAGGUCAGCCUGUCCAGAAACGGCUCAAACACCAGACAAAGCUCUCCGGGUGUCAUCACAACAACUCAAAAAGCUUUAAGCGAUGGUGCAACUAAAACUUCAGAUUCUCCUGAUGUGGUUCAUCCAACCAGCAGCAGCAGCAGCAGAAGGCUGGAGGGUGAAUCUGACUGGGAGGAUGAAGAGAUGGAGUAUGAGGACGAUGAAGGAGGAGGAAGGGUCACGAGAGGCAUCAGAUCGAGGCCUCAGUGGAAGUGGAAUAAGAGCUUGGUGGGGUCAGGAGAUAAAGACUGGGGGAAUUUUACUUUUGGAAGGAGCGGGGCGACUCUAGCUCUGACCUCAGUGAGGCUGGAAGACUCUGGGAAAUACAGCUGCCAUCACAGAGGACGAGAAAAGUUUGCAGUGAAAGUUAUUGUAGCAGAGCCUCUGGAAAGUCCCAUUCUGAUCUGCUACAAAAGGUCACCUAGCAGCAAAAUCCGCUGUGAAGGGAGUCCUCAGAAGUCUGUCAUUAAACAGCCUCGGUGUUCCCUUUUUCUGAGUAAAAGUAUGACAAAGAACUUCCAUCAGUUACCGUGCACGUUCUCCUACCAGCAUUCCCGCUGCUGGUGCGCUCUGAACCACGUGGACGACGACCUACGGAGCCUCCACAUGGCCUUCCUGUGUCUCACAAGCAUCACAGGAAACGUCACCAGUAACCUGCUGCAGUUUACGCCGCUGAGGAUCCUGACGCCAGACCCUCCUUCAAACGUCUCCGUCCACCAGAAGGAAGGACAUCAGAUGAGGCUGGCGGUCACCUGGAACUUGCCGGUGUCCUGGAAGCAACAGGACAGCCACUAUCACCUCAAAUAUGAGCUCAAAUACCGACCUUCAAAGACCUCGUUUUCUAAUGAGCAGGUAAGAGAAAUUGAAAACCGGCGCUCCUACACCAUCACCGAUGCAAUCCCUGGCGUAGAGUACCAGAUACAGCUCAGAGCGAAGGAUGAGUUCGAUGGUCGAUGGAGCAGCUGGAGUCCACCUUACUACGCCAGGAGCUGGACAACUGAAAGCACGCUGAUGGACGAUCUGAGCACCACAGUGCUGUCCGACACGAUCGAAGGCACGGGUUCUGGAGCAGAAUGGGAGUUUGACGAAACAGUUUCCCCGACUGAACCAGGCUUUGCCACGGAGGCGUCUCAUCACGUUCUGUGGGUCUUUGCUGUAUUCGCCUUCCUGUGCACCAUUUUGGGCGCUUACAUUUUCAGGCACAGGGACAGGCUCAUGUCCAAACUCCACAACCACAGCGUCAUCGCUCGCUACCGUGACUCGUCUCCUCCUCCUCCUGCCCUCGCUUCGACCCCGGCGCCUCCAGAAGUUCAGGUUCCGUUGACGUUUUCUCCGCCGAUUCGCAAGGAACGAGAGGGAAGUGACGCAGAAGAAGAAGAAGAAAAUGAGGAAGAAGAGACGGCGACAGAGGCGACGGACACCAUGCACUUCAACAACACCAGUUACUUCUUGCUACAGAGGGAGUGAAGCUCGCCCAGAAAAGGGGGGGGGGGAAAAAACAGCCAAAAAAUGUGUUUUUGUUGGGAUAUUUUCUACUUCAGAGCCAGUGUUACAGAUGACAAAAUGGGGGGAAAAAAAGACCUUUCCAAUGAGCUUCUGAAACUCAACAACAGCUUCUAUCAUCUGUCUCUCCAGCGCUCUAGCUCUAUCUCAAGCCUAAAAUACCUCUUAAAGACUUUUGUAUUUUUUUGUUGUAAGAGUCGCCUUUAAGCUUCUCCGUCCUUCAUCUGUGGCAGUUUCAGCUGUAGACUACACGUAGGCCUCAUUGUCGGCCAGUUUCUAGCACAAAACCUCACGUUCCAUUUGUAAAUAUUACUAAAGUUUAGCAAGUAUGACAUCUUGUUUUGUUUUUUUUGUUUUUUUAGUUUCUACGUAUUUGUCAAUGUAAAUGCUCGCAGGGGACACAUUCAGCAGGAAGUCUGGGUUCUCCUUCAGGAUAUUUUCAGCGUAAAACACUUAACUUGAAAUUUUAUGCACCAAUUUGUGACUUUUCUGCUUCAGUUUAUGAUGAAAAUGGUGGAAAAUUCAGGCAAACUCAAAAAAUAUGGGCUCUAUAAAGGCUCUCGGGCAUUCUGUGUUGCUUUCUGUGGGAUUUUAUGCACCAAUUUGUGCCUUUUCUGCAUCAGUUUGAGGUGAAAACGGUGUAAAAUUCAGCUGAAUUUAGAAAUGUAGUGAAAUAUAAUGGCUUUAUAAAGGCUGUCAGAUAUUUUGUAUUGCUUGCUGGUGAGUUUUAUGCACCAAUUUGUGUCUUUUCUGCGUCAGUUUUGGGUGAAAAUGGUAGAAAUUUCGGGUGAACUCAAAAAUUGAAUGUAAUCUAGUGGCUCCAUAAAGGCUAUCAGGCACUCUGCACUGCUUUCUGGUGAAUUCUAUGCAGUUAAUUGCGAUUUUUCUGCAAAGAUUUUAUGUUGAAAUGGUGGAAUAUUCAGGUUAACUCAAACUAUAAUGGAAAAAAUGGGCAUAUAAAGACUUUUAUGCAUUCUGUGUUGCAUUGUGGUGAGCGUAAGGCAACAAUUUGUGCCAUUUCUGCAUCAAUUUGGGGCGAAAAUGGUGGAAAAUUGUGGUGAACUCAAAAAAUUAUGGAAUUUAAUGGCUUUAUGAAUGCUCUAAGACAUUCUGUACUGCAUCGUGGUGAAUUUAAGGCACCAAUUUGUGCCUUUUCUGCAUCAAUUUGUGUAGGAAAUGGUGGAAAAUUUACGUGAAUUAAAAAUGUAAUGGAAUAUAAUGAUUUUAUUAAGACUCGAAGACAUUCUGCACUGCAUUCUUGUGAAUGAUUUGCACCAAUUUGUGACUUUUCUGCAAAGAUUUUAGGUGGAAAUGAUGGAAAAGUCAGGUGAAAUUCAAAUAUAAUGGGAUAUAAUGGCUUUAUAAGGGUGUCAGGCAUUCUGUGCUGCUUUCUGAGGAAUUUUAUGCAAUAAAUUGUGACUUUUUCGCAAAGACUUUAGGUGGAAAUGGUGGAAAGUUUUGCUGAAUUUAAAGGUAUAAUGAAAUAUUAAGGCUUUAAGACAUUCUGUAUUGCAUUCUGGUGAAUUCUGUGCACCAAUUUAUGACUUUUCUGCAUUAAUUUGAAGUGAAAAUGGUGGAAAAGUCAGAUAAACUCCAAAUCUAAUGGAAAAUCAUGGGUCUAUAAAGGCUCGGAGGCAUUCUGGGUCACUUUCUGUGAAAUUUUAUGCACCAAUUUGUAUCUUUUUUGCAUCAAUUUAUAGUCUGUAGUCUUUAUUUAUUGUGUAAAAAAACACAAACUUGAAAUGCCAGCUAAUAAAUUCAAAACAUAACAGAAUGUAAUGCAGUGAAACGUCUCCUGUAGAUCAGCUUUCCUCAUUAAAUGUAUUUCCCGAUGAGUCAACACACGCAGAUAGCUGCUUUUCAGAAUAAAAGUCCUCUUUUUUGUGUGUUUUUACUGGGUUGGAAGACAAAUGCAGAGGUUUCUUUAUUUAGGCUGAACAUCUACAUCUAUGUUGAAAGUAAAAAAAAAAGCUGUUUCUGUGCUUUAAUUGUUAUAUUUAAGAUGGUUUCUGGGAAUAUUAACUGAUGUGUCUUCAGAUGCUUCAUCAACUUUAUCAUGAGGUUUCGUCUUUUAAAAAAAGUGCUUUUAUUAAAAAUUGUUUUAAGAUA